AUGUCCACGCAUGAAAACUUGGUGGCGGGGGUGCACUGCCUCUGUUACCACCCACAACACGCGUGGGUGUCAGGUAUUAUCGACGGCUUUGACGGAAAGUACGGCACCGUCAGCAUCACCAAGCCAGUGAAGGAGCAGUUGUCAAAGCUCACACAAGAAGACAUAUUUGUCUGUGACGAGAGCGCCAUGGCCGAGGACGUGAAUGAUCUUCUUAAUCUCUCCGUGUUACAUGACGGCACACUGCUCAACUGUCUACGCGUCCGCUACUUCCGUGACGUGGUUUACACAAACAUUGGUGCCAUUGUUGUGGCACUCAAUCCAUUCAAUUUCAAGAUACCGUGGUACAUGGAUGACAAAAUGCCGGACUACCUUGCAGAGGGGGAGGCGAUUCAGCGUAACCUUCCACACUCCUGGGCGGUAGCACACACGACGUAUUACGAAAUGCGGCGUGAUGGCGGUAACCAGUCCAUUCUGGUCUCGGGGGAGUCGGGCGCUGGAAAGACGGAGGCGGCGAAGAUUGUCAUGAAGUACCUUGCUGCCGUCAGUGCUCUGCAAGCCACAGAGGAAGAGGAGAAGGAGGCGGGUACCUUUGUCGGCCUUCGAAUGAUGCAGUCAAAUCCCAUCCUUGAGGCCUUUGGUAACGCGAAGACGGUGCGUAACGACAACAGCUCCCGCUUUGGCAAACUCAUGUGCAUCAAAUUCAAUGCCAAGGGGAUGCUGACGGGCGCUGAAAUCACAAAAUACUUGCUGGAGAAGUCCCGUAUCAUUACAUCAGCACUGAAUGAGCGCGUGUACCAUGCUUUUUAUCUCGUUCUGCAGGGACGCGACAGAGAGCGCUACGGCCUUUCGGAACUUUCGACGUACCGCAACGUCAUGUCCGGAAAGGUCCCUAUUAUUGACGACGUGGACGAUGCGGAGGAGUACGACACUGUGAAUAAGGCAAUGGAGAUCUGCGGCAUUAAACAGGAGGACAUGGAUUCCGUCUGGCGUGUCGUUGGGGCGGUUCUCAAGCUGCUUAAUGUUGAAUUCAUAUCUAGCAGCACUGACACGUGUGAGGUUGACCCCAAGACAAGUCAUUACAUUACAGAGGCCUCUGGGAUGCUGGGUAUUUCCGCAGAGGUGCUGCAGAAAGAGUUCACUACCACCACGCUAAAGUUGCGCGAGGGUCCAGUUGUGACGACGCUCACCAAAGUCAAGGCCAUCGAUGCUAGGGACUCUUUCUGCAAGGCCAUCUAUGAUAAUCUUUUCGGCUACCUCGUUAAGGCCAUCAACAAGACCAUUAACACAAUGGAAUACACGACCUGGGUGGCAUUGCUGGAUAUAUUUGGGUUUGAGGACUUUAAGGUUAACUCCUUUGAGCAGCUGUGCAUCAACCUCACCAAUGAAACACUCCAGCGGCACUACAACUAUUUUAUCUUUACACGGGACAUGGAUGAGUGCCGCGAGGAGGGUAUUGACGUAACAGAGAUUGCCUUCCCUGAUAACAGUGCCUGUGUGGACAUGAUUGGUGGAAAAGGUGGUAUACUGUCUCUCCUUGAUGAAGACUGUCUGUUGGCGAAGGCAACCGAUCAAAGUUUUCUCGACAAAAUAUCCGAUAGGUUCGCUGGCAAAACACAGUUCUUUGAGCGACCGCGUAUUUCCAAGGCACCGUGCUUUCGUGUUGUGCAUUACGCUGGUACUGUUACGUAUGAAGUUGCUGGUUCCAUUGAAAAGAACCGGGAUACUUUGAAAGAUGCCUUCAAGCUGCUGGUGAGCUCCAGUGAAGACAGUCUCAUCAAGACCUUGCUCCCCAUGCCAAACCUGGAUAACAAGUCCCGCUACACUGUUGGCGGCUUCUUCCGAAGCCAAUUGAAUGAGCUCAUGGAGCUGAUCCAAAGUACGAAUCCGCACUGGAUUCGCUGUAUCAAACCGCAUCCAGCCAAGAAACCACUGCAUUUUGACGGUGUACAGACUCUGACGCAGUUGCGCAGCAGUGGUGUGCUUGGCACAGUGCAGAUUCGCAAGGCAGGGUACCCGAUCCGAAUUCCUACCGCUGAUUUUGCGCGCAAGUACAAAGUUAUAGUGUUUGGUGAGGCGCUGGAUUUCAGCGACGCGGUGGGUGUUUCAAGAGUGAUUUUAAAGAUAGUGGGAUUUGACACACGGAAGGCACAGAUGGGAAAGACACGUGUGUUUCUUAAAUCAGACGCUUACCAACAGCUUGAGGUGGUCAAGAAGCAGAAGCUGCAGGUUUUCGUCAAGGUGGUGGUGUGUGGAUCGUUGGUGUCGCUGGCACGAAUGCGCACGGCGGCGCUGCUUCGCUGCCGCUCGAUGCGGAUUGUGCAAGCUUUCCUGGCGGCGAGAAGCAGCCAACACCUGCACCGCGAGAAGGACUACAUAUCCCGCAAAGACAUGAUCAUUUCCAACGUCAUUCAGCUGCUUGGACUACAGCGAAAGGAGGAAGCGGUGCGAGUGGAGAUGCUGGAGGAACGCGAUCUGUUUUACGACAACCUUACGGCAAAGCGCAACCGCUUAGUGGAAGAUCUGUACGAGGAUUGGCUUGCACAAAAGCCGCAACGUGACGCGGCGGCCAUAGAAGAAUUUAUGGCAGCUGAGUGUCGUGCCCGUGACGCGUUGAUAAGUGAUUCCACGGGGGAACUUCGGCGCACACUCCUCCUCCUCGAGGGGGACUACGACGAUGCGCGCAGGCGCGAGGAGGAGCGCGAGGCGGCAGCCCGUGCAGCGGAAGAGAGACGGCGGCUCCAAGAGGAGGAGGCACGGCGUGAGGCGCGGCGAUGCGAAGAGGAAGCGGCACGCGCGGAGGCGGCAAGACGCCGGGAAGAGACGCGCCGUCUCGCCAUUGCGCUGUGGGAUGAGCGCAAGAAGGAGGUGGAGCGGCAGGUGGCGCAGCGCGAGCAGGAGCUGCAGCGCACACGCGACGGCGUGUUUGACGCUAUGACGUCCUUCAACACUGCACUUAUACUAAAGAAGCAGGAGCGGUUGCUGCGGGCACGAGAGCGUGCACGAUACCCGACGCCGCAGUUUCGCCCGUGCGGGGUCGAUGCGCUGCGGGACCCCGUCAUUGGGUUGGGCGGGCUGCGCGGCAGCAUCGUGUCGCCGACGCACCCCGCCUACUGCACCGCACGCUCGUCCUCUCCCACCUUGGGUACGAGCAUUAGCAAUAACAACUACUACAACAACGGCAGAACUAGCAGCGGCUGUGCCUCCCUGUCUCCUAAUGGUAAACUUCCCCGCCAUGGCCGCUUCAGCGGCGGCGUUAUUACCUCGUAUGUUGACCCGCUGCGGAAGAGGGAGCGUCUCGGAAAGGAGCGCAUUCAGCCUGACCGCAACGACUCUCUGGAGACUGUGCGUCGACUUCGCUCACUUCAAACGCUGUGCGACAGUGCAAUUUCCUUUACGCCCAAGCCUGGUGGGAUCAACGACCCGUUGAACCCGUACAGUGGCGACUGGAAGGAGCCGUCAGACGGCGUCGUGACGUUCCCCGACGGUUCAUCCUUUAACCUCCAAGAUGCUGCCGUUGGCGGCUCGCCAUCAAUGCCUAAUGGGUCUGGCAGCGGUGGACGCGGGCGGUACGUACCGUACGGUACGAUGAGCAUCGAGCCCUAA